AUGAGGAAAUAUCGCAACUCCAUUUUUACUAUAUUACUAAGCACAUCCCUUGGAUGGAAUAUAAAUAAACUUUAUCGCCAAAAUAAUUUAGAUAUGUACGGAUUAAAAAAUGAUCAUGAUAUUAUUGUAGUUAGACAUAUUAACAUUUAUGAUAAAAAAGAAAAUGAAAAUAAUAAAAAUAAUAUUUUAAAUGAAAAUAAUAAAAAUAAUAUUUUAAAUGAAAAUAAUAAAAAUAAUAUUUUAAAUGAAAAUAAUAAAAAUAAUAUUUUAAAUGAAAGUAAUAAAAAUAAUAUUUUAAAUGAAAAAGAGCUACUUAAUUUUUUAGAUCGGUUUACUACUAUUAAUAAAAAAUAUAAAGGCUUCUGUGAAACUAGCGUUUUUAAAAAUUCCUCUUUUUCAUCAAAUAUGAAAAAUGAAUAUUCUGAUGGGACUUUUAAUACUUACCUUGUUAUAGAUAAAUGGAAAAAUCAUAAUGAUUUUGAAAAAUCAAAAAAAGAAUUUCAAAAUUUAUUUUUAUAUAAUAAUGAUAUCUAUAAUAAAAAAAUGCAAGACUUUUAUUAUAAUUUUCAACUGUACCGAAAUAAUUAUGAAACCACCUCGGCAACAAAUAUAUUCACCAAAUUGUUUUCCAUGCUAUUUUAA